GAAAACUGCUGUGACCCCACCGGGACUGAUGUCGUUAAAGAUGUUCGUGCGCAGCGGCGGCGGCUCGGAGCCGCUCGCCGUCUCUAAGAGCGACAUCCUGAGGGGAAGCAUCACCGAGAAGCUGAGCACAGCCGCCCGGGAGAUCCUGGCGGUGGUGGAGGUGACCGUGGCCGACUACGAGCAGGAGGCUGCGGGCUUGAGGCAGGAGGUGGCGCGGCAGAGGAGGCAGCUGGAGCUCCUGCAGCCUCGCAACAAAAGAGCGCUGGUCCCGGACCUGUACAGCCACGAGGUGGUGGUGGUCAGUGAGGAGCAGACAGAUGUGGAGGAAGGUGAGAUUCUGUCUUGGAGCCGUGAUGAUUAUGAUGAGGAGGAUGAAGAUAACCAGCCUCCAACCACCUCCAGACCGGACCAAGAAGACCUGAAGGACCCGGAGGGUCCACCCCCACCGAGCGGCGGCUCCGAGCCGCUCCGCAUCUCUAAAGUCAACAUCCUGAGAGACGUCAUCUCCGAGAAGCUGAGCACGGCCGCCAAGGAGAUCUUGGAGGUGGUGGGGAGGACCGCGGCUUGUGCAGAGGAGGAGCAGGCUGCAGUCUUCAGGCAGGAGCUGGAGCGGCAGAGGAGGCAGCUGGAGCUCCUGCAGCCUCGGGUCCGACUGCACAGAGGAGGUAUGGAGGUGGUUGUUGGUGAGGAACCAGAGCAGCAGACAGAUGAGGAGGAAGCUGAGAGUCAGAGUCUGCCUUGGAGCCCACAUGAUGGUGAUGAUGGUGAGGCUGGAACCAUCUCCACACAGAACCAAGUGGACCUGAAGGAGCCACAUUAUGAAGCGUCACCACGGUCUGUUCCCUCCAGACUUCCCUCCGUCAUGAAGAGGUCCAGCAGUCUCCAGAUCAGUGACCUGCACAACCAUCUAAACCUUAAGAUCCGCUUAUUGGAGGACUCUUCAGUCCAGGUGCUUUCUCCUGUCGUGUUCAAGAAAAGUCCAGUCCGGGAACUGAGGUGUUCUCGGGGUUUGCAGGAGGCCGACUUCCUGAACAUUCUGAGGUCCACCUUCCCUCAGCUGGCUAACGAUGAACCCUUUGACGUCUUCAUAACGGAUCACAGCAGGAAGCUGCAUCCUCUGAACGUAAAGACUCUGACCCCAGAGGAGAUCCACACGACCAUCAUGUCCACGGGAAACUCUGCUCUCUAUAUCCGUCUGAAGAAAAGAAAGCAAAAAAAGGAGGAAAAAACUGAACCAAGAAUGAAAGAAGCAAAGACUGAUGGAACGAGAGCGGCCGUUCAGUCCGGCAGCUCGACGUCCCGGCAGGACACGGACCCUGAGGAGGAGGAAGCAGAGAACAUGGAGUCCGGCGAUGACAGGGAGGAGGCGUUAGACGGAGGACACAAGAGGAAACGAGGUCCUGGGCCGCAGAUUAAAAAACCAACCAUUAAAAAAAGAGUAAAAAUGGAGAUGAAGAAGACGAAAGAUAGUAAAAUGUUCUGUAAAGUGUGUGGGGUCUGGUACCGGUUCCAGGGGAGCCUGAUCAAGCACGCCUGGAGCCACGUGGACGAGCAACGGGACAUUUGUGGCGUCUGUGGAGAGAAGUCUGAAUCUAUGGAGGAGCUAAAGGAACACCUGAGGAGCUACCAGAAUGUUCACAGCUGUUCAGACUGUGGGAAGACUUUCGUCUCCGUCCUGAGUCUGAAGUGUCACAUCGCGAAGCACACGGGAAACAGCCGGUUCAAAUGCAAAUUCUGCAACAAAACCUUCACGAACAAGGCUUCCCUGAACACUCACUUCUGGGCUCACGUGGAAGAGAAACCACACAAAUGUGACAUUUGUCUGAAGACGUUUGGACUGAAGGCUCAGCUCGCAGUUCACAUGAAGACACACACCAGUGAAGACCAGUACCAGUGCGACAUCUGUAAGAAGACUUUUAACCUCCGCCGGUCACUGACUCAGCACCGAUUGAUCCACUCGGAGGAACGACACUACGCCUGCGCCAUCUGCGAGAAGCGCUUCAAACUCGAAGGUUCGUUAAAGACGCACAUGAAGAUUCAUGCGGACAGAGAUCGGUCGUUCCUCUGCCACGUCUGCUGCAAAACGUUCCUCUCAAAAUCCUCACUGAUGGUUCACAUAAAGAUUCACAGCGCAGAGAAACAGUUUGCCUGCGACACCUGCGGCAAGAGGUUCACCAUGUCCUAUGACCUGAAGAAGCACAUGAGGGUUCACACUGGCGAGACGCCGUACGAAUGCCCCGAGUGCGGACGCAGCUUCAGGCAGAAGACUAACCUGGAUAGCCACGUUAAGAUCCACCUAGGCAUCAAACAAUUCAUCUGCGAGGUUUGUGAGAAAGCGUGUUCUCGACGGGAACACCUGAAGGUCCACAUGAGGACCCACAAUGGAGAGAGACCCUACAAGUGCACCCUCUGUGACAAAACCUUCACCCAGAGCCACUGCCUGAAAACACACAUGAAGAGCCACCAUGCCGACGGCAAACCUGUCCCUGGUGACCAGACCGACGAAAACCCCGAUUUGUCCGAGUCCUGAACUCCAACAGCCUGACAAAAAGGGACAGACGUGCUUUACGUCCAGACAAGGCUGCACAAUAUUAAGACGUGCGGUUUUUGUUGACAUCGGGUUUGACAACAACUCACAUUUUGCUCACAACUCUCUUUAGCAAUUAGCAUUUAGCUUGAGCGUUUCAGAAGUUCGGCUGCGAGCUGUUAGGCCAGUGGGGAAUCAUCUGCUGGACAAAUAUUUGACUGGCAUCUGGUUGGGUUUGGGAUUGAGCGCAGUAUCGGUUCUAUUGUGCAGCCCUAAUCUAAAGUUUCCCUGUUUAUUGAACGACAUUUUUGUAAAUAAAGUCCAUAUUUGAGUGUAUUUGUGAUGCUGAAAGAGACGGAGACAUUAAAGAAAUCAAGCUGUUAAAACGUGAUCAGUUAUUUCAGUAGUCCAACAUUUCAAGGUCACUGUGACCUCUGGUGUCUCCUCUGCCAUCUGUGUUCAUCAGCGGUCUUCAGAAUGUCUCAGAACAUUUGCA